GAUCUAUCACCUUAGUUGCUCAACAGUCAAAACAAGGGAUUACAUUUAGGCCUGUUUUAGUGGCUGUCCAGGGAACAUGGCUGUCACUAUUACUGUAGUCAGUCGGUCACCAAUCUAGCAAAAAUAUUUAUUAGGAAUUUGUUUACUUUCGCUUUCGGAUAAAACUCAGACAACAAUGAAUCCCAAGAGGACGUCAUGAGUGCUGAUGGUGGCAUAUUCCCUAUUGACACCUCUAACUACUUACCUGUGAUGGCUGAAUGUCCACAUUUAGAAGACAACUCAAGCGACACUGAGAACUGGGAAAGUAAUCUUCACAGACACUCAAGUGCCCAGCCCCGCGUCCCAGUCCCUCAACUAGAGGCCGACCUGGUCAACAUGAACCUGCAUGGCGCCAGUGGGGGCCUCGAACGCUGCAGGGACAGUGAUCGCCGGAGGUCUAGCGACCGCUCCCGAGACUCCUCCCACGAGAGGGGUGAGGGUCAGCUGACCCCUUGCAUCAGGAACGUCACCUCGCCCACCCGACAGCACAACAGCGAUCGUGAGCGGUGCGAGGGUGGUUCUUCCUCCAGGUCGUCGAGUCCUCGGCCCCCUAGGGCCUUAAUCUCCGUGGGGCCCAGCUGCAUCGCAACGAGCAGGAGCAGCCUUUUCAGUACUGAGACCCACUGUAAGAGUCUGGGCCAUGGACACGUGCACGGUCCCUGUGACCACCUCUACGUCUAUGAGAACGCAAAGGAGGGGACGCGCACAUUACGGACCGCCGAGAGGGUCACUCUGAUAGUGGACAACACCCGCUUCCUGGUGGACCCAGCCAUCUUCACCGCCCAGCCGAACACCAUGCUGGGAAGAAUGUUUGGAUCCGGGAGAGAAUACAAUUUCACUAGGCCCAAUGACAAAGGAGAGUUUGAGGUGGCAGAUGGAAUCAGCUCAACGGUUUUUAGAGCCAUCCUGGAUUACUACAAAUCUGGGAUAAUCUGCUGUCCUGAUGGGAUCCCCAUUCCUGAGCUGAGAGAAGCAUGUGACUACCUCUGCAUCUCCUUUGACUACAGCACCAUCAAGUGUAGAGACCUCAGUGCACUCAUGCACGAGCUGUCCAACGAUGGGGCGAGGCGUCAGUUUGAGUUCUUCUUGGAGGAGAUGGUGGUGCCGCUGAUGGUCGCCAGCGCCCAGAACGGAGAGAGGGAGUGUCACGUGGUGGUCCUGACUGACGACGACGUGGUGGACUGGGACGAGGAGUACCCUCCGCAGAUGGGAGAGGAGUAUUCACAAAUUAUAUACAGCACAAAACUGUACAGAUUCUUCAAGUACAUCGAGAAUCGAGACGUUGCCAAAUCAGUAUUAAAAGACAGAGGACUUAAGAAAAUCAGACUUGGAAUUGAAGGUUACCCCACCUACAAGGAGAAGGUGAAGAAGCGUCCCGGUGGCCGGCCAGAGGUCAUCUACAACUAUGUGCAGCGGCCCUUCAUCCGCAUGUCUUGGGAGAAGGAGGAGGGCAAGAGUCGCCAUGUUGACUUCCAGUGUGUGAAGAGCAAGUCCAUCACAAACCUAGCAGCCGCUGCUGCAGACAUUCCCCAGGACCAGCUGGUCAACAUGCACCCUGGCCCUCAGGUGGACGAACUGGACAUCCAGCCUCAGCCAAGCUACCACUACGAGCCAGACCCAGACGCCCUCUCAGAGCACUGUAGUGACGAGCGAGUUUGACAGCAGAAACCAAAUUGCCUUUGCAACUCUUGUGCAGCCUUAAGGCAAAAAAACAAACUGGUAUACAUUGUCAACAGCCUGGGAAGGAGUAGCAAAGCACACAGUAAACAAUUGCCUCCUUGUACUGUUAACUGACCAAAGGAGAUUUUUUUUUUUAAUCAAGAAUAUUUGAAUCACAAACUUGUCUGUGGGUAUGGUGGUGCUGCUGUGUACAGUUACUGUAGUUCCUAAAGGGUUUGGUUUUAUCCACUUCUUCUUGCUCUGCCUGCGGGUGAGACUGUUACUACAGUAGUCUACCACCAGAGCACCUGGGGAGCCUCACUGAUGCUUUGGCCUCAAUAAAGAUUUUUAUUUAAUAACUCCA